CGUCCCGGCCGUGUUCCCUGCGGGUUGCCAUUCUUUCCCGGCAUGCUGAGCGGCGGCGGUGUCGGAGCACAUCCGGCGGGGAGCCGGGGCUUGGGCUUUCGCGGCGCGAUGGCGGCGGCCUCGUCCGGCGCGGACAUGUUUGACGACAUCGUGAUGGCCGAGGAGAGGUUUCAUGGCGAGGGGUAUCGAGAGGGGUAUGCUGAAGGCAGCCACAUUGGAGUUGUUGAGGGAAGGAGGCAUGGAUCACUCCACGGUGCCAAGAUUGGGUCUGAGGUUGGCUGCUACCUUGGGUUUGCACUGACAUGGCAGUGUCUGCUGCACAAAUGCACAGAUGAAAAGAACAGUAAAAAGAUAAAGGUUCUGGAUUCAUUAAUAGGGAUGAUUCGGAAAUUCCCUUAUGAAGACCCCACUUACGAUAAGCUUCAAGAAGAUCUGGAAAAAAUCAGAGGAAAAUUUAAACAGGUUUGCUCAAUACUAAAUAUUCAGUCUGAUUUUAGAAUUAGUACUGAAAGAUCAUCACUAACAUUUUGAGUAUAACAGAUGAAGAUAAACAUGGAUGAACAAAGAAGAAAUAUUAAAAGAACGCGUAACUGAGAAGUGUGUAUCUACUCCUACUCUAAACAAAAUGAAAGUAGUGAACAGGCGCUAAACAUUAAAGAGGGAAGAGAAAAACAUUGAGCUUUUAAUAGUAGUUCUCGUAUGUCCUUUUACAGUUAUUAAUACCAGGUUUUAUUUAGGAUCACUGAAAUACCGGUGUGUAAACCUGUUAAAAAGAAAUAUCUGCUUUAAUUCCUCACUAACCUUGCAUUGAUAAGGAUUAAUCCUUAAGAGGAAAAAGUUUGUGUUUGCAGUGUUUCCUUAUUUAAAGGAUGUAUAUUAUUUUAAAAGCUGUAUAUGUAGUUCAGUUUACACCUUGUGUACAUAUUGUACUACACCAUGUGUAGUAAAAUAUAAUCUAUUGCCUGCUGAGUUUACAGUAGAGAAUAUCUUCAUGGGUAAAGGGUAGGAUUGCAAAUGGAACAAGAAUGAAUAGGAGAGACUAAGAUACUUGUUCUUAAAGUAGCUGCAUCUCAAAACAUGAAAUUUGUUCUCUUCACUAGCUUUGCAGACUGAUCCAGUAUGCAAAAAACCCCAAACGCUAAGAAUUGUAAGUGAUCAGUAAUACAAACACGACUGGCAGAAGAGUUGUGUUACUGAUAACUAGUACCUUUCAUCUGGGAAUAGCUUAUUAUUUUCAGGCUUGAAAAUAUACUCAUUGGUCUCAUCCAAAAAAUGGAUGCUGUCAGCUAUAUAAAUAUUCAGCUAUAUUAGCUGAAGAGAAAAAGUCAGUUAUUUUACCUGAAAGAUAUUCUGUGUUGUGCUGUUAGAUGUCUUUGCAUACCAUUUGCAAAUAAAGUUAUAUAAUUAAUUGUAGAGAAUCUUUCAUCAAGCUGUAAUGUAAAUGUGUCUGGCUGGGUCUACAUGGCAUAAUGUAGCUUCAUGAAGAGAGAUUUAACUAGCAUGGAUAUCAGAAGCUAUUCACAGGGUAAACUCUCUCAGGUGAAGGCAAUGUGCUAACGUGCCCAUAUCCUUGAGUAGCACUAUUUUGUACCAUCUAGACCUCACUUCUGUUCUACUUGCACAGCUUUUUUAUUAUACAAGAAAAUAAGCAACUCGAAUUUUUUAAAUGUUCACUGUGCAUUUGCAUCUGGGAUUUGAAGGACGUACACAUUUUUUUCUUUAACAUUUGUAAUCCAAAAAUUGCAGCAAAAUGUAUGUUUUUGUUGAGUAUGUGUGUCUGCACAUAUGUAUGUAUCAUUUUAUUUAAAAAUAAUCUUUCGCUUUUUGUCUUUCCUGAAUAUACCAAUGAUCAGAGGCCUUUUUUAAUAACUAACUACUAGUGUGCAUUUUUUUCUUUUAGAAUUGGCUUUUGUGUAAGUGUUCAAACAGUCUUAAUGUAUUUCGUGAAUGUCAGAGCCAUCUAGUGGCAGAGGUUGUUAUAUUGUGUAAGAAGUAGAUUGUAAGUAAUGCUUCCUGUAAGAGUUUACAAGUAUUUAUAUAGGUAGAAGUUGCCAAAAUAGAGAGUACAGAAUAUAUGUAUGCAUGAUUCCACUCUUCUAAUUAUGUGAUAGAUUUCUUUGAAAUAAAGUAGUAUUGAGGUAGGA